AUGGCCAAGUCAACAAUCACUCUCGCCUCCGGCAAGGAAAUGCCCCUCGUGGGCUUCGGUCUCUGGAAAGUCCCCAAAGAGACAGCCGCCGACACCGUAUACAACGCCAUCAAAGCCGGAUACAGACUCUUCGACGGAGCAUACGACUACCAAAACGAAAAAGAAGCCGGCGAAGGCAUCCAGCGCGCCAUCGCCGACGGCCUCGUCACUCGCGCCGAGAUCUUCAUCACAACCAAGCUAUGGAACAACUACCACCGCCGCGAACAUGCCCUCGAGAUGGCAAAGAAGCAAAACGACGCCUGGGGCCUAGGCUACAUCGACCUCUUCCUAAUGCACUUCCCCUGCGCAUUGAAAUACAUCGACCCAUCUAUCCGCCAAUACCCCGCAUGGUGGAUGGACGAAGCCGGCACCGUCUCCCCAGACAACGUCCCCAUCCGCGAAACCUGGGAAGCGAUGGAGAGUCUCGUCGACAGUGGCGUGGCACACAGCAUUGGCGUGAGUAAUUUCCAAGCACAGAGUCUAUACGAUAUCCAGACGUACGCGCGCCACCCAUUAUCGGCACUGCAGAUCGAGCAUCAUCCGUAUCUUGCGCAGAGUGAGCUUGUGCAGAUGGCGCAGGAGAAUGGGAUUGCGAUUACGGCAUACUCGAGCUUUGGACCGCAGUCUUUUGUGGAGUUGCCGCCUGCGUUUUCGAAGAGGGCGCAGGGGAUUCCGUUGUUGUUUGAUGCUGAGGUUGUGAAGGGGGUUGCGCAGAGGUGUGGUGUUAGUCCUGCGCGGGUGUUGUUGCGUUGGGCUACGCAGAGGAAUAUUGCUGUUAUUCCUAAGUCGAAUAAUCAGACUCGGCUUGCGGAGAACUUGGAUGUUUUGGGCUUUGAUCUUACGGCUGAGGAGAUUGAGGCUAUCACUGCCUUGGAUCGGGGUUUGCGGUUCAAUGAUCCUGGCUUUUACUUGCCUAACUAUCCUCUUCGUAUCUUUGCUUAG